CUUGAGCGAUCACCGCCGCCAAAAUUUUAGCCCAGUUUUUUCUCUCUCGGCGAAUGCUGGACACACACAACCUCUCCCCGCCUUUCUGUCCAGCACCUUCAAUUCCACACAACUAAACCAUUUUAAAAAUGCUUCGGAGACAAGCCCGCCAGCGCCGCGAGUACCUGUACAAAAAAUCGCUCGAGAUCCAGGAGCGCCAGACGUUUGAGAAGAAGCAGAAGCUCAAGGAGGCCCUGCGCGACGGCAAGCCGAUCCCGACCGAGCUCCAGGACGAGGCCGAGCAACUGAACCAGCAGCUCAAAUUCGACGAGGCCGCCGAGUCCCUGACGUCAACGCAAGACGACGAGUAUGCCAGAGCCGGAAUCUACGACCCAAAGGUAGUGGUGACGACGUCGCGCGACCCGAGCACGCGCCUGCAGCAGUUCGCCAAGGAGCUGCGUCUGGUGUUCCCGAACGCGCAGCGCAUCAACCGCGGAAACUACAUUGUCAGCGAAAUCGUCGAGACCUGCAAGGCCAACGAGGUCACGGAUCUGGUCAUUGUGCACGAGACGCGCGGCCAGCCCGACGGCCUGAUCAUCAGCCACUUCCCCUACGGCCCCACCGUGCACUUCACCCUGUACAAUGUCGUGCUGAGACACGAUAUCAAGGACCAGGGCAACAUCUCCGAGGCCUACCCGCAUUUGAUCUUUGAGAACUUCAACUCGGCCCUCGGCAGCCGUAUCAGGAGCGUGCUCAAGUACCUGUUCCCGGUGCCAAAGGUCGACUCGAAGCGCGUCAUGACGUUCUACAACGACAGCGACUUUAUCUCGUUCCGCCACCACGUCUACGCAAAGGUCGCACACAACGAGGUGCAGCUGGCGGAGGUUGGCCCGCGCUUCGAGAUGCGCCCGUACGAAAUCCGUCUUGGCACCGUCGACAUGCCUGAUGCCGACAAGGAAUGGGUUCUGCGGACAUACCAGCGGACAUCUCGCAAGCGCGAUCUGCUGUGAAAAAAGAACCACAUUCACCUUGCCUUUUCUCUCC